AUGAACGAUGAUCGCUUCCCCACCCAUUCCUCUAUGGAGCAGAGGAGGACCGAGAUGUCUAUCAUGAACUGCUAUGAAGGCUUUAUGAAGGAGCAGGCCGAUGGUAGUGCGGCGACUGAUGAAAAGGCUUUUCAGCUGAAUCGGGAAGCUCACACGAAGUUUCUAAAGAAGGCGUUGAAGUCGCUGCCGACCAAGUACAGCUGUUUAGACGCUAGUCGGCCCUGGUUCGUGUUCUGGAUCCUGCGGGCAUUGGAACUCUUGGGAGAGUUGGAUAGGCUUGAAGUGGCUGAAGACGUUAAUUUCCAAGGAGUGUAUUUUUUCUCUGAACAAAGCUUAGAUAUAGGGAGGUUUANNNNAUUUUUGAUAUCUAUGAAGGAUCGAUCAACGGGAGGCUUCAGAGUGCAUGAAAACGGCGAGACUGACAUGAGGGGAUGCUAUUGUGCGAUAGCAGUGGCGAAGAUGAUGAAGUUGCUGACGCCCGAGCUGGAGGAAGGUGUGGUAGGGUAUAUCAGGAGAUGCCAGACCUGGGAAGGAGGCCUGGCGGGCGAGCCUGGACUGGAAGCUCAUGGAGGAUAUGGUUUCUGUGGUCUGGCCGCAGCUACUAUGUUGGGUAAGGCAGAGGAGGCAUUGAAUCUCGAACGUCUGGCGAGAUGGGUGUGUCAGAGGCAGCUUGCUUUUGAAGGUGGUUUCAACGGUCGUCCUAAUAAACUGGUGGACAGCUGCUAUUCAUAUUGGCAAUACGGGUCGUUAUCAAUACUGAAAGCGUUGCUUGACAUACCUGAGAAAGAACAAGCCUGGUGUGCCCCUGAGCCCCUGCAGAUGUACAUCCUAUUGGCAUGCCAGGAUAGGGAGAGAGGAGGGUUUAGGGACAAACCUGGAAAGAAUUGUGAUUAUUAUCAUACAUGUUAUGCGUUGUCGGGUAUGGCUGCAUCUCAAUGGCACUGCGGUAGUCCUCCAGUAACACUAGGAGACAACACUACGUUAGUUCAGUCUGACGUGCUUUACAACAUUUCAAAGGAGGCUCUGAGCAGACUGGAAAAGUACUUCGAAGAUAUUCCCACAAUCACUCACAAAGAAUGUUUUAGCACUUGUGGAAAUUGAAGAGGAGUUUCCAUUUC